AUGGAGCACCUCCAGGGAGCGUGGAAGACCCUGAGCAACGGCUUUGGGAUGAAGGACUCUGUGUUUGAGGGCCCCUGCCUCUCCCCGACCAUGGUGCAGGGCCUCCCCUCCCAGCGCCGCUCCUCCGACGACAGCAAGAUCCCCGACUCCAAGACCAGCAGCACCAUCCGCGUCUACCUCCCCAACCAGCAGCGCACGGUGGUGAGUCCAUUAGAACAAUAAUAAUAAUAGUACAUUACUAAUGGUACAUUUCAUUUGAAUAGCCUUUCAAAACACCCAUGGACACUAAACAAAUGGAAACAAUGAAAUACAGUAGUUCAGGGGACAAUGAGUGAGUGGGAUUAUGGAAACAACAAUACACUGCUGCACUAAUGUUUGUUUGAGUGGGUGCUUAAUUAACUGAGUCACCUAAGUGCAGUGUGGCAGUCUGUUAGUGGAAAAUUGCUACCUAAAUUGAUUAUCAUCAUCAUACACAGACCAAAGGGCAUACCAUUAUUCCAAAUCAUCCCAUUAUCCCAAAAGAGAAUAUAUUAUGCACAUGUUUAUGUUUUCACUGGUCCCAGUAAGUGUUGUUGUUGUUGUUGAGUGUGUUUGUUGUGGUCCCUCAGGUGAACGUGAGGCCAGGUAUGACCCUGCACAGCUGCCUGAUCAAAGCGCUGAAGGUGCGGGGCCUGCAACCGGAGUGCUGUGCUGUCUUCAGACUGUACCCAGGACAGAGGAGGUAUGCACUGGGCACUGGGGCAGGGGGAUCAGAGGGGUGUCACUUGAUCUCUGCAGUGUAGGUAAAAAUGAGCCCUAACCACUGAUACCGGGUGAGGUAUUAUUUCACCCACCAAAGGUUAAAAACUAGGAUUGGGGGUGGGGCAAGCUGAUCCUAGAUCUGUGGUUAGGGGCAACUUCUACCUUGAGGUAGGUCCAUAUGAUGCUGUAAGAAAGUGUUUUAUUUUUCCAGGGAUGUGGUUAAACUUUGCUGCAAAGAGAUUUCUACAGCUAUACAACCUUUCAGGCUAAGACAUGUUGAAUGACCUUUUCUUGUAAAGGCUAGUUGUGUCAGUCUGUGCCCUCCAGUAUGUGUUACCUUACUUAAUGUGUCAUGCUAAAUGACUAAAAUGUAAAUGUAAAUGUCCCUUUUCUAACAGUAAAAAGUCACGUAUGGAUUGGAAUACCGACUCGACCUCACUAAUUGGGGAAGAACUGCUGGUGGAAGUUUUAGAUCAUGUCCCCUUGACGACGCACAACUUUGUAAGUAGCCCAUAAAGCAGGGGUUUCAAACUCAUUUUGCCCCGCGGGCUGCAUUUGGUCUUCACCGAGGUCUGGAGGGACGCACUUAAAAUGUAUUAUAUUUCCUUGUCGUAAACAUUUGCACAAAAUAGUCCUCUAUCCAUCGCUUUUGUAUUUUUGAUGCUCCCUGACUGUCUAGCUUAGCUUUCGUUUCGAUAACGGUUAGCAAGCUGGACAGAGUGAAAAGUCUAUAAAUGUAGAGAGUAUAAAGACUAUACAUUUCUACACAGUUUCGAUUAGGUUUUAGUCAUUUCAAUGUCGAUUAAGAUCAUUUUUACCCCCAAAAACAACAUUGAAGAAACAAAAAUCUGCGGGCUGGUUUGAAUGGCCGUAUGUUUGACACCCCUGCCAUAAAGGAUGUUACACUGUUUACCCAGGCCGUUAGCAUCGGCUGGAAAAGAAUGAAAUACUUCAUUUUCCUCUUUAACUUUCAGGUUCGGAAAACAUUUCUGAAGUUGGCCUUCUGCGAUAUAUGCCAGAAGUUCCUUUUGAACGGUUUCCGUUGCCAAACAUGCGGCUACAAAUUCCAUGAGCAUUGCAGCACCAAAGUGCCCACGAUGUGUGUGGAUUGGAGCAACAUCAGACAGCUCCUGUAAGUCUCUUCUCCUCUACUGUGCAGCACAAAUCAAAAUGGCUGCUAACACAUAACUGUAUGGAAUAGCAAGAACACAAAACAAUAUAAAUAUUAACAGUACAAGUAUACAGCAAUGGGUGAAUAAACAAUGUAAUGAACAUACUAACAUAGGAGCUAAGUAAGAUAAAUGAAUGUGGUAGUCUCACAGUCUGCAUUGUAGAUAGAUAUUUACAUAGAGCAUUGUUUUGCAUGCAGGCUUUAGAACUCCAUAUUUCAACAAUAAGCAUUUGUAAAUGGCUAUCACUGGCAAUGAAGAGAUACAUUUGUCAUUUUAUCUGGCAACCUUUCAUGGUGCUGUCUUUAUCCUGAAGUAUUUUAAACAGAUGGUUGGUGGUUGAUAGUCUCUCUCUCUCUCUCUCUCUCUCUCUCUCUCUCUCUCUCUCUCUCUCUCUCUCUCGCUCCCCUUCCCUGAUACAUAUGACUAAUACAACUUCAAACUCUCUCUCUCUCUCUCUCUCUCUCGCUCCCCUUCCUGAUACAUAUGGACUAAAAAUACAACUUCAAACUCUGACUCUCGAGCGCUAGCGGGCUAUAAAGCGAGAGAGAGUAGAUGAGCGCUCUAUAGAGAGAGGCAGAUCGAUGAUCUAGAUAUCUUGCUAGUCUUCUCUCUCUCUAGCUCGACUCUCUCUCUCUCUCUCUCUCUCUCUCUCUCUCUCUCUCUCUAUCAUUAUCUCCUCAUCAUCUCUCUCUCUCAUCGUCUCUCUCUUAGGUUGUUCCCUACACCAGGUGAAAGUGGGGGUCCAUCUCUUCCUCCUCUUACUUCUCGGCGAAUGAGAGAAUCGCUGUCCCGACUCCCCAGCAGGUAAAGCAACCCCUCUUGCUCUUGAACUCUGCAACUCCCAUGGACCACUUUCACCCUGGUACUGUGAGCAAGGCUAUCUCCAGGCAGCAACACAGCAUCAGCAAUCAAAUAACUACAAGUACAGUAAAAGUAUUCCUCUUGACAUACCAUUUAACGUCAACUAAAGGUUGCGUGUGGUAAUAAUUGAUUUAACUACAGUACGGUAAGGUGUAGUAAGUACUUUGGCUCUCGGAGGUAAUGGUGGCCAAAUGUAAAGGGUUCUUUGGUUGCCAUGUUUGACUGGCCCUCAGCUGAUGCAGCUGUAAAGCACCUUAACCCGGGCCUCAAACCGAAUCAAUGCCUGUUUUUGAUUAUGUCUCCAGCUUUAUGAAGCUUUCACCGUCCAGGGGGCUUAUGUAACCAGAGGCGUGAAAAGAGGCUGUUGUUUCAGAAGCAUUUAUAACAGUUUAAAGCACUCAGAUCGUUGCCAAAUUAGCUCGCAGAACAAUCUCAAAUGCUCUUCAAAACAAAGUCCUGUUUUGGCCAAAAGGGGGAUUUGUUCUCAUAGAGUGCUUUACAGGGUUAUAAGUGUGGUCUAAUACAGUAUGGUAUGUCACUCGCAUGGAGUGCCACUUUUACCAGCAACUGACAGUACAGUACAAUAUACUUUCCAGUCAGCAGUGAACCAAGACCAGCAUCACACUAAUUACUGAAUCAACAAGACCUUUAAUGAGAGUGCAAGGAGAAUUGUCACCUACCACCAUUCUGAAAGGCCAACUAGCAAUCAUGAGUUGCAUAGGCUCCUAGAAAGGCAAGACACAUGCAGGAAAGCAAAACCCAUAACCUUUCCCUUCAAGUUAUUGUGAAAUAUGUAUUACUCUGAUAGUUAUACAGAUAUUGGAUCUUAAUUUGAUCAUUCUGUUGUCGCUGAGAAUUUCCCUGCGCCGCAGGAAAUGCAGAUGAGCGUCGAGAUUUACAUAAAUUCACUGAAAUAUAUGUACAUCUCCCGCACUAACAAACGGUUAUAUUAACAGUAUUGCACUUUUCAUGUAGCCCAAUUUUGGCCAGCUAAUAGCCUAAUCACAGAUUAAACAUUACAUCGGCGGGAAAAGUGGGAAUGUUAAAAUCCUGUUGCUGCAGGAUUCUUUUGCUGCGACAAUACUGGUCAAAUUAAGAUCCCACACCUGUACAAUGUGAAAUGUUUUGGUAGGAUUUGUGCUAACUUUGACUGGUGAGCUUUGUAGCGUAACAUCAUAGCAAAUACUUGGCAAACACUGAGGUUGAAAUACUUCCCCUAGUGAAUGGGGUAGUAUUUGUAGAAUGACCUAGAACAUUUUCCUGUUAUUGAAUUUUGUAGAAUCUCAAUGUGUUCAUGACUGUGUUUGUUCAACUAUCUAGAAAGUAGAGGAUAGAUGUUGAGAUGUGUCAAACUGUCACUGCCUGAAACGCCUGAAACAGAAACUGUCUUCUAACCAUGUCACACAGUGAGGGUGUUCUAGGGUGUGCCUGAGAAAAAAUUCACAUAAUGUCAGAAAUGAAACUGACAAGCUGCCAUCCACCACACCCCUGUGAGAUUGAUUAUAAGAAGUGUUCUUUAAAAAAAAAAAAAUUGCAUUAGAAGAGCACCUCAAUGGUAUCUGUUUGAGGACUGUCUCAGACUAAGAUUAACAACAAUAGUAAUUAUUAAAUUAUUGUAAUAAUAUUUGAUCCUUGAUUAUCCAAACAAUUGUCAUGACAAAACCAUGACAUUAUUCUACCUUACUGAUGCACUUAAUGUGUUGUGUUAUGUUCAGUGUCCCUACUUUUCCUAAGCCUGAUGUUGCCCCUUUAUUCACCCAUCAGCUCUCUGCACCGCUGCUCCACCCCUCACGCCUUCAACUACACUGCCCCCUACCCACCCACAGGGGGUGCUCUGUCCCAGAGGCAACGCUCCACCUCCACGCCCAAUGUCCACAUGGUCAGCACCACCAUGCCAGUCGACAGCAGCAUGAUCGAGGUAACAACACACCACGCGGGCCCCCAAGGGACUCCUGGAGGUCCAGGCAGCUAUCUUAAAAUAACCUCCUUGCCCGAUCUGGCCCUUCUUACAUGGCAGGAAUCUCAACCAUCUUCUCUGCCUAACUUCUGUAAUCUUUCCAUCCCCCUUACUCUUUCUACUAAGUAAUUCAUCUAGCAUGAUGACAAUUUACUUUGCAUGAUUUCCUUGAUUGUGUUUCAUUUCACUUUUAUAUCCUGCACUUUACUGUAUUCCUUUCUGAUUCAUUCAUUUCCAUACCCGGAUGUAUUUGGAAAAAUUAUAACUUGAAUGCUGUAUCUAAUAUGCCCACAAAAUGUAACACCCGUGGUAGCACUCUAUAAUUCCUCUCUUACCUUCCUUCACUCUGUCUCCCUUUCCUUCCCUGUCCUCACUGUCUCACUGUGUGGUGCCCUGAUGGGGAGUAGCUAGAUUAUCUGAAUACCUCCCCUAGCUCCUGGUGCAGGCGCUUCUGGCUGAAGAGGAGAGUAGGUAUUGUUCGCUUCUCCAACUCUUUUGUUGAAGCGACGUCAGAGAGCCCAGACAAGGUUAGGAGGCAGAGUGUCAGAGUGUUGUGUGAUAAACAACAUGGCAUGCCUUUCAACAGACUAGUAUCCACAUGCUUUUACAGUUUCUGUAUCUAACUGAAUGAUGAAACUGUUGAAUGACUUGUGUUCAUUUGAUAUUUGUAAAAUCUGAAAUAAUAUAUAUUUUUUUUUCCUAGGAGGCAAUGCGUAAUCAUGAAGCAAUGCGUAAUCAUGACUCAGGUAAGAUUUUAUAAGGUCGUUACCCCACAUUAGUGGCUCAGUUUCUGCUAAGCUAAAGGAAACAUGCACAACAUCCCACAACAACACUUUCUGUCAUAACUAGGUGGGAGUUCCCCCAGCCAGAGUCCCACAGGCUGGUCCCAUCCCCAGUCUAACACCCCAGCGCCAGACAGACGAGAGAGGGCUCCUUCAUUCAACACUCAGGAGAAACACAAAAUAGUAAGUUAGACAGCCCCUGUAGUUUGUACACUUACUGUGAAUGAAUAGCAUCUUAAUAGUACUUUUAAUUCCUACACUCUUAGAAAAAAAGGGUUCCAAAAGGGUUAUUCUGUUGUCCCAAUAGAAUAACCCUUUUUGGUUCCAGGUAGAACCAUUCUGUGUUUCAUGUAGAACCCUCUGUGGAAAGGGUUCUACAUGGAACCCAAAAGGGUUAUACCUGGAACCAAUAGGAUUCUACCUGGAACCAAAAAGGGUUCUUCAAAGGGUUCUCUUAUGGGGUCAGCCGAAGAACCCUUUUAGGUUCUAGAUAGCACCUUUUUUUGUAAGAGUGUAGGUGAAUUAUAUAUAAGAUCUACUGUAGAUGGAGAAUGUGGCCUUAUAUUGACUAUCCCACUGCAGCGUCCGAGGGACAAGCGGGACUCCAGUUACUACUGGGAGAUCGAGGCCAGUGAAGUGGUGCUGCACUCCCGUAUCGGCUCAGGCUCCUUCGGAACGGUAUACAAAGGGAAAUGGCACGGUGAGCAUGCUUCUGGAUGGCACCUGUUGGAUAAACACAAUGCUUGUAAUGCUUGGUAAUGCUGUAAGCUGUUACGAAGGUCUACAAAGGUUUGUGAGGAGUUCUGGAUCUAUGAGUUGGCUUCAACACUUGUACUGAGCCUAGUCUACAUGGCCACACAGCAGCUUAGACAGUUUCUGUACCACAUUGUUUGUCUGUUGUAGGUGACGUAGCGGUGAAGAUCCUAAAGGUGAUUGACCCCACGCCAGAGCAGUUCCAGGCCUUCAGAAACGAGGUGGCUGUCCUUAGGUAAGAGAGGGUGAGAGUAGUGAGGAGAACUAUAAUAAUAAUAAUAAUUUGGUGGUGCUUAUAUUUGUCCUAUUUCACACAUGUACAAGUGUGUAUUAAUUGGAAAUGUGUUUUUUGCAUAUCCCAACUCCCCCUGAGACACUCUCAGAGAGUGGGGUCAUGGCCUGGGUCUGCCAUUAUCAACAGCGACCCCUAUAGGGUUAAGUGCCUUGCUCAAGAUUUUUCACCUUGUUUGACUAGCAACCCUUCGGUUACUGGCCCAACACUCAAACCACUAGGCUUUCUGUUUCCCUAUAGUGAUAUUCUUAUUGUAUUCAUCACUUUAGAGAGAGCAAUACAUUGACCCAAUAAUGUGUUUGUUGUUGGUAGAUUAUCUUCAUGCAGCAUUAUCUCAUCUUUGUUUUAGUGAUUUCCUCUUCCUCUCUCUCUCUCUCGCUCUCUCUCUCGCUGUCUCUAUCUCUCUCUCUCCUUCUCUUUGGCCACAGGAAAACACGACACGUCAACAUCCUGUUGUUCAUGGGCUACAUGACGAAGGACAACCUGGCCAUUGUGACCCAGUGGUGUGAUGGCAGCAGCCUCUACAAACACCUUCACGUCCAGGAGACCAACUUCCAGAUGUUCCAGCUCAUAGACAUCGCCAGGCAGACAGCUCAGGGCAUGGAGUGAGUCCAAUCAAUCAAUCAAUCACUCAAUCAAUCAAUCAAAUGUAUUUAUAAAGCCCUUUUUACAUCAGCAGAUGUCACAAAGUGCUAUACAGAAACCCAGCCUAAAACCCCAAACAGCAAGCAAUGCAGAUGUAGAAGCAUGGUGGCUAGGAAAAACUCCCUAGAAAGACAGAAACCUAGGAAGAAACCUAGAGAGGAACCAGGCUCUGAGGGGGUGGCCAGUCUGCUUCUGGCUGUGCCGGGUGGAGAUUAUAACAGUACAUGGCCAUUAAGGCCAGAUUUUUCUCAAAGAUGUUCAAACCUUCAUAGAUGACCAGCAGGGUAAAAAAUAAUCACAGUGGUUGUAGACAAGCAGGGACAAGCUUAGGUGUAGAUUGGUGCUACUUACAGUUCUAUAGGAAUGCUAGGUUUACAAGGGUGUUGGCUUGAGAUUGACGCUAUAAAAAGGUGAUAGCUUUAGAAGGAUCUUAUGUGUAUAUAUAUUUUUGUAUUAUUAAAAUGCAACUGAAAUUUCUUUCAGCUAUUUGCACGCCAAAAACAUAAUCCACCGGGACAUGAAGUCAAACAGUAUCCUUUUCUUCAAACAUUUUCACGCUCUGUCACUUUGUUGUGACACAACUGAAUAGAAAAUAGUGUUGGCUUGAAAUUAGACAAAUGAUGUAUGAGCUCACAGAUUCAGCAGUCUGCCACAGCUCUGCCUCCUUGACAGCGGUACAGAUAUCUUCCUACAUGAGGGCCUGACGGUGAAGAUAGGAGACUUUGGUCUGGCCACGGUCAAGGCCAGGUGGACUGGUUCUCACCAGGUGGAGCAACCCUCAGGGUCCAUACUGUGGAUGGUCAGUAAGAGGAAAAUGUAAAUGUCACACUAGAAAACCCUUAGAGAACAAAAUACGUUACUUUCUUUGCUGUUGAGAUUGGGCCUGAGAGAUGGGGUUAAGGGGAGCAGUUUCUUAAUCUGUGGGAAAAUGUGGUCGUUUUGGUGGUCGUGCACUCCAGCGUUCAUUGUUUGACUUGUCUCUGUUGAAAAUGAAACAUAGAAGCCAGACCCUGUGAGAAUUUGAGAUGAACUCAUUAUUUUUCCUGGAAUUUAAAAUUAAAUCAAUUUAAACAUGUUUGUCUGUUUUUCUGUCCUCUGUUCUCAGGCUCCUGAGGUUAUCCGUAUGCAGGACAACAUGCCCUAUAGUUUCCAGUCAGACGUGUACUCCUACGGUGUUGUCCUCCAUGAGCUGAUGACGGGAGAGCUGCCAUACUCACAGAUAGCCAACAGAGACCAGGUAAACCCAGCCUGCCACACAGACAUCUCUGAAAUCACGGUACUCUCUAUUUCAGUUGUGCUAAAUGUAGGGACAGAUAUAGGCCCUUGACCUGUCCUGCCUUGUUUGAUUUUAACAAAUCAAAUAUAACUAGGAUUGUGUGACCCAGUUUCAGUUUCAGCCACUGGCCAAAUGUUUGUUAUUUCUUUCUAGUACCUCUCUCUCUCGCUCUCUGAGGGCCAUAGUCAAGUUCUGUCAUAAGGAUUGUCUCACAGGUAUUAUUAGUGACUGGUUGUGACCUCCACAGAAAACAGUAACACUGUAAUCUCUCAUCUCUGUCUCCCCUGUCAGAUCAUCUUCAUGGUGGGCCGGGGGUACCUGUCUCCAGACCUCUAUUCCUAA